UUUUCUCUCGCCCAUCGCAUGCAUGCUUGCACGCCCGGAUUUUCUAGAACCACGUGUGUAGUCAAGUUAUUUUUCUCGUGGUGUUUCUUUUUAAAUCAUUAAUUAAAAGGCUCAGAGCCUCCAAAAGAGCACCAUGGCCUUAAGUGAUAAAAUUCUCAAAAGGAAGUUGAAGAAAACGGAGAAAACAAAACUGAAAAUCGUUCAACAGAAAGAGCAAGAAAGACAGCAGGAACAAAUCGAUAAUGGAGAUAGUGAAGGAACAGAAGAGGAAUCAACAUCGUUAGUUGGAAAGAAAAGGCCGACAGAUCAGGAAGCUAAACAAAAAAUAAAUAAGAAAAAGAAGAAGGCAAUAGAAGACGUUAGCACCACAAACGGUGAUGUCCCUGAAAGUUCUGAGGACAUAGGGCAAAAAUUGCCAGGUUCAGAUGGAGGAUUGGAAGCCCUGCAAGACAGGAGUUUCAGUACCUUGGAGGGCAAGGUUUGCGAGGCCACCCUUAAGGGCAUUGCCGAAAUGGGAUUCACUGAGAUGACUGAGAUCCAGGCCAAGUCCAUUCCUCCACUUUUAGAGGGCAGGGACUUAGUGGGCUCAGCUAAAACUGGCUCUGGCAAGACCUUGGCCUUCCUUGUCCCGGCCGUUGAACUCAUCUACAAGCUUCACUUUAUGCCCAGGAAUGGGACGGGAGUGGUGGUAAUCUCGCCCACCAGAGAGUUGGCCAUGCAAACCUUUGGCGUCCUUCGAGAACUGAUGCAGUACCACCAGCACACUUUUGGUCUCAUCAUGGGAGGUGCCAAUCGACAGGCAGAAGCUCAAAAAUUGGCGAAAGGUGUGAAUAUCAUUGUGGCCACUCCAGGUCGUCUAUUGGAUCACCUCCAGGGAACCCCGGAAUUUCUGUACAAAAAUCUCCAAUGUUUAAUUAUUGACGAAGCCGACAGAAUUCUGGACAUUGGUUUUGAAGAAGAACUCAAACAAAUCAUCAAUCUAUUGCCCAAACGCAGACAAACGAUGCUGUUCAGUGCAACAACCACGGCAAAAACGCAAGCUCUGACCAAACUGGCCUUGAAGAAGGAACCCUUCUACGUUGGGGUUGAUGACCUAAAGGACACGGCCACUGUCGAAGGUCUUGAGCAGGGCUAUGUGGUGUGUCCGUCAGAGAAGAGAUUUUUGUUGUUGUUCACCUUUUUGAAGAAAAACAGGAAGAAGAAGGUUAUGGUCUUCUUCAGCACCUGCAUGUCUGUCAAGUUCCACCACGAACUGCUCAAUUACAUUGACUUACCAGUUAUGAGCAUCCAUGGCAAACAAAAGCAGACAAAGCGGACAACAACCUUUUUCCAGUUCUGCAAUGCAGACAGUGGCAUUUUGCUGUGCACUGACGUUGCUGCCAGAGGUCUGGACAUUCCAGCGGUCGAUUGGAUCGUGCAGUUUGACCCUCCCGAUGACCCAAAAGAGUAUAUUCACAGGGUGGGCAGAACUGCCAGAGGUGAGGGCAGCAGAGGCCACGCCCUGCUCAUUCUGCGCCCAGAGGAGCUUGGCUUCCUCAGGUACCUGAAGCAGGCCAGGGUGCCCCUCAACGAGUUCGACUUCACCUGGAACAAAAUUGCGGACAUUCAGCUCCAGUUGGAAAAAUUGAUCGGAAAGAACUACUUCCUCAACCAGUCUGCAAGGGAGGCGUACAAAGCGUAUGUCCGCGCGUACGACUCAAACUCACUGAAAAACAUCUAUGACGUUGAGACCUUGGACUUGCCCAAGGUGGCCAAAUCCUUUGGCUUCUUGUCCGCACCUUCUGUUGAUCUAAAAGUGAACAGCAGCAAGGCCAACAGGCCCCGUAAAAAGGAAAUGGGCCAGCGAAGGGUCAAACCGAGGGACCCCAAGAGGUUUUCCAGGCACUGACCAGCGCCGUAAGAGUUUCUUUUAACAUUGCUUGUAUCUUAAAAUACACACCAUAUUAUUAUAAAUGCGCAUAUUUUUUCGUCUUAAUAUUUCAAAUAAAGGAAACAAAAAAAGAGGGCGUUAAAUGUGUUCUUAUGAAUUUUGUUGCGUGUGCUGGACAUGAGAAUUUUCUUCAGGAAAGAAAGAGUGCGUAAAACGCUCCUCCCUUUGCUCGCAGGCAGCAAU